GACCGCUAUGUGGCCAUCUGCAAACCUCUACAUUACACCACCAUCAUGAGCAGCAGAGUCUGUAUCCUUCUUGUCUUUAGCUCUUGGCUCGCAGGAUUCCUGAUCAUUUUUCCACCAAUAAUUCUACUGAUGCAAUUGAAUUUCUGUGCCUCCAAUGUAAUUGAUCAUUUUAUCUGUGAUUCUUCUCCAAUUUUGCAGCUUUCUUGCACGAACACUAGCUUUCUCGAAUUCAUGGCAUUUUUUUUAGCUGUGGUAACACUUAUGGUCACCUUAACACUAGUUAUUCUCUCCUACACAUACAUCAUCCGUGCAAUUGUGAGAAUUCCUUCCACGAGUCAAAGGAAGAAAGCUUUUUCCACUUGUUCCUCCCACAUGAUAGUUGUCUCCCUCUCUUACGGUAGCUGCAUUUUCAUGUACAUUAAGCCUUCUGCAAGGGAGAGAGUGUCUUUAAGCAAAGGGGUAGCUGUGCUCAAUACCUCAGUGGCUCCUCUUUUGAAUCCUUUCAUAUAUACACUAAGAAACCGGCAAGUGAAGCAAGCCUUCAAGAACAUGAUCCAGAGAAUGGCCUUUUCUUCAAAUAAAUGA